AUGUCUGCGAGUUCUCAAUGUGGGACAUUUUUUGAAAAUAAAUUGCACCUUUAUAUACACAAGGAAAUUCACAAGGAUAAAAGGCCAUUUCCAUGUUUAGAAUGUGAGAACAAUUUUAAUACAAAAGCACAUCUCGUUGAACAUCAGAGAAUUCACACAGGAGAGAAGCCAUUUCCAUGUCCAGAAUGUGGGAAGAGUUUUAGGCUUAAGCAUCAUAUUGUGGUACAUUUGAAAACUCAUACAGGAGAGAAGCCAAAUUGCUGUUCAAAAUGUGGAAAAAGUUUUGCUCAAAAAUCACAUCUUGUUCAACAUCUCAGAACUCACACAGGAGAGAAACCAUACUCAUGUCUUGAAUGCGGAAAAUGUUUUAAUCAGAAACCACAUCUUGAUAAACAUCAGAAAACUCACACAGGGGAGAAGCCAUAUUCAUGUCCUGAAUGUGGGAAAUGUUUUAAUCAGAAACCACAUCUUGAUACACAUCAGAGAACUCACACAGGAGAGAAGCCAUAUUCAUGUCCUGAAUGUGAAAAGUGUUUUACUGAGAAAGCAGGUCUUAUUAAACAUCAGAGAACUCACACAGGGGAGAAGCCAUAUUCAUGUCCUGAAUGUGAGAGACGUUUUAAUCAGAAAUCGCAUCUUGACACACAUCAGAGAACUCACACAGGAGAGAAGCCAUAUUCAUGCCCUGAAUGUGAAAAGUGUUUUACUGAGAAAUCAAGUCUUGCUAGACAUCAGAGAAUUCACGUAGGAGAGAAGCCAUUUUCCUGU